AUGGGCACUUUACUUGGUAAAUUUGAAGCCGUUGGCAUUGAAUACCGAAACACACAAGAGACGGACCUGGAGUUCAUACUUGCACUAGAAUUGCUACUGUUGGACACUAUAGGUGGACUUGCCGUGGGAAUGGACACGGGUGUCGCCAGUUGCGCAACCGCAACAUUGAGUGCCAUGGCAACACUUGCUACAAAAUACACACGCAUGGUGUUGUCACCUAAAGAGACAGGGGAGUGGGGUAAGUCGUUUCGACUGGAAUGCGUUGGCAACAACGAUGCAUUGACAAUUGUUCAAAAGGAGCGAUAG